AUGACAAAAACCCAAGAACCCACCAUCACCUCGGUCACCGACCUACCCACCAGCGACGCCAAAUGGCUCACCCUGCAACAAAUCGCCUACGUCGACCAGACCGGCAAACCCCGCACCUGGGAAGUCGCCGCCCGCAAGACCCGCGCAGACUCCUCCGGCGGUGUCGACGCCGUCGCCAUGGGCAACAUCAUCCUGCACCCGUCCCGGCCACCGGCCACCGUACUCGUGAUCCAGUACCGCCCGCCGCUGGACGCGUACACGGUUGAGUGGCCCGCGGGGCUAGUGGAUGAGGGGGAGAGCGUGGAGAAGGCGGCAGUGAGGGAGUUUCGCGAGGAGAUUGGGUGGGAGUGCGAGGUGGUGAGUUUGAGUCCCGUGCAGGCGGCGGAUCCGGGGAUGAGCAGUGCGACGAUGCAGAUGGCAAUGGUGGAGGUGCGGUUGGGGGAAAGGGAUGAUCCGCUGGCGUUGCCGGAGCAGAGGUUGGAGGAUGGUGAGCAUAUUCAACGGGUCGUGGUGCCGCUGGCGGAGCUGUAUCAGAAGUUGUCCGAGUAUAGUGCCAGGGAGAGGACGAUUGUGGCUGCGAAGCUGUUCCAUUUUGCGGCGGGAAUGGAGUUUACACGGACGAUGGGGAAGCAAUAUGGGCUUUCGGGGUAA